CAAGGAGAGACGGUAACGGCGCCGUUUUAUCUUCAUCCCUCUGUCUAAAGAAAGUAGGAGAAAAUCGGGAGGAGAAAGAAAAAAAGCGGAGCCAUGUCCUUUAUCGGCGCUGCUAGCUGCUGCCAUUUCCCGAUAAACUCCGGCGCCGUCAUCGGCGAUGCCAACGCCGGUACUCGAUUGAUCAGUCCGAGGAUGUCGAUGAACCAAAGUCCUUCCCAGCCUCCUAACCAGGCGACCCUCCUCACCAGCAUCACGAAGCUACUAUGGGGUCCAUCUCUUCCGCCGGGGCUGCUCAUCUCCACCGUCCGUACGGGAUGGAAUUCGGCCUGGAAUCUGAUGAUGGCCCAGCUCGCUCCCUCCGAUCCCUCCGGCAAUUACUCCCGUCCGGCUUCCAAAUUCCGCCUCAACAGCAGCGACACCACGAACCCCCAAUUUUCUCGCGGCAGCCUCCACCUGUACGUCGGCCUCCCUUGCCCGUGGGCGCACCGCACCCUCAUCGUCCGAGCAUUGAAGGGACUGGAAGACGCGGUUCCCGUCUCCGUCGCAGCUUCCGGCCAGGAUGGGUCGUGGGAAUUCCGGGACCGGACUCCAUCUCCGGGUGCGGAUUUGGGUGUCCUCGUCCCCGGGAAAGAUAACGCGAAUGGAUGCAGGACGUUGAAAGAGGUUUACGGGCGGAGGAAGGGCGGGUACAGCGGCCGGGCGACGGUGCCGAUGCUGUGGCACUCGGAGAGGAAAGAGCCGGUUUGUAACGAGAGCUACGACAUCAUCGAGUUCUUCAACUCGGGCAUGAACGCGCUGGCUCGAAACCCAGAGCUCGAUCUGUCGCCGGAGCCGUUGAAGGGGGAGAUUGAGGAGUGGAAUCGAGUGAUCUAUCCCAACAUCAACAACGGCGUCUACAGAUGUGGAUUCGCUCAAAGCCAGGAAGCGUACGAUCGAGCUGUGAACGGUCUGUUCGCGACGCUGGAUAGAGUUGAAGAUCACCUGGCGAGUUCCCGUUACUUGUGCGGGGAGGCGCUGACGCUUGCCGACGUUUGCCUGUUCACCACACUGAUCCGGUUCGACCCCGUGUACAAUGUUCUGUUCAAGUGCACCAAGAAGAAGCUGGUCGAGUACCCCAAUCUCCAUGGCUAUAUGCGGGAGAUUUACCAGAUGCCAAAGGUUGCAGAAACCUGCAACUUGGGUGCUAUCAUGGAUGGCUACUACAAGACGCUGUUUCCACUGAAUCCAGGCAGCAUCUGCCCGGUGAUGCCAUCGGGGUCCGAGAUCGUGAACCUAUCGAAGCCUCACAACAGAGAAUCGCUGUCGGCUGUCGUCUGUAGAUAAGAGAAUUACGGAACUCUGCAGCCUCGCCUGUCUGUAACUGAUCAUUACCACGCUGCAGGCAUCCAUUUACAAUAGUUGCUUUUGUGUUCAUAGAAGAUGAACUCCACACUGAAAUGAAUCCGUCCAUUUAUAAGCUCGGCAGUGAGUUCUGUCUUGUUAAUGUACUUUGCGAAAGGCACCAGACAUUGGUGGAGUGAUACCUUGGUAUCACCAAUGAUAAAAGCUUGCUCACCAGGCAGAAAGCGCUUGAAGCUCAUAUAGCCCCGGACUUUGACCUCUCUUGACUUGUCAAACUACGCUAUCGAUCAGAAUUUCAGUUGUUUGCUCUUGCUGAUCAGUGAACGUGCACGAUUACAUAGGCUGAGAUUAGAGAAGCUCUUAAGGGUCUAAUCCGUGCUUGGAGACAAGGCUAUCAUCGGAAAGUUAUCUUAAAGCUGGGCUCAAUAAUGGCCUGAGAAUUUCAACGACCAGUUGAAAUCACGAAACAGCACUCCAAGAUCGUGGAAGCAACGAGGGCGGACGAGGUCAAAAUCCCUCGUCACGAGCGUCAAUUCCCCGACCGGGGAUCAAGAGUGUAGAUCGGGGAUUUCAGACAGACCGAGCUCUCGGCCAGGAGAACUGCAUUCCCCGAUCGGGGAACGGAUGUUGUCUGAGUUCGGGUUACCUUUUGUGUUUAGAAUUCUUUUUCUGUGUUUUUGCUUAGUUUUUGUUUCCCUGGUCUAUUUAAAGGGCUUAAUUUUAGGACAUAUUUUGAUGAAUUGGAAACUUCAUUCUUGAUUCGUUGAGCUUUUGGCUUGUGAAUUGUGCUUUGACUCGAUCGAGUAUUGCCCUUGAUUGUGGUCGAACUUCUGCCCUAUUUUGAUAGUCUUAUUCCAAGUAUGAGAUUGUACUUCAAUUUCGUCUUAUCUCUAAUCCUAAUUUUGUUCUUAGCUGCGUGACUUUGACGACUAUAAGUAUUGAUCUCGCACUCGUAUCAGUUGAGAGAUGAAAGUCGCUCAUAUCUAUUAAGAGUGUGUAAUAACUAAUAAGGCAAUUGAUUAUCUCAUCACUAAAGAACAAUUUGUUGGUUUUGGUACCCUUGUUUUAAAACUCCCAAUCUAAGCAUUCACUGUUGACUUUUGUAUGUAUGUUGGGCAAUCUUGAUUAAUUUAAGUACGAAAUAAGCAUGCCCUGGUUUUCCAUAAAUGAAAAAAGCGGCAGCGGGUAUACCUAAAACAAACGUGUAUAUACAACACGUCACAUACCAAAAGCUUACAACAAUAACAACAUUGUGUAUAUUAAGGACGAUCAAUCAUCAAAUUUAAAAAAUUUAUUAUUCGCAUUUGUCUAAUUUAACAUAGAAUUACACCAUGACAUUUUUAAUAAGGAUAUUAUAUUUUUUUUUAUUUUAUGAAUAAGGAUAUUAUAAUAACUAUCAUCUCACUUUCCUUUCCUCUACGUAUUUAUUGGAUUUUAUAUAUAAAUUACAAUUUUUGUACCUGAACUUAAUAGAUUUUAAUAUUUAGUGUUUGAAAUUAUUUUUUAUAGAUAAAUUCUAAAAAUAUUGAUGAAAAUUUUCAUUUUAGUACCUAAAAAUUUUCCUUACAUUUUGAAACCUGAAGUUUCAAAAUUUAUAAAUAGGUCCAUUGUUAUGAGGUUUUCAGUAUGUUUUGAGAUGCUUGUGGUCUGCUUUAUGAAGUUUCUGGCAUGCUUCAUGGGACUUCUGGUGUGCUAUAAGAAACUUUUGGGUAUGUUUUAAGAAACGUGUUGUAUGCUU